CCCCCCUCCCUACAUACACAGAUUGUAUAUGUUAUUUUAGUAUACUUAAAUGCAUAUGUAAUUUAUAUAAGUUACUGACUCUCAACAUACACUUACGAAGUCUCUCUCUCCUCUUUUUGUCUAGGGUUCGUGAGCGGUGAAAAGGUACCCUUCGAUCGCGUUAAUUUUGAUCUAUUGGUCUCGUUCACGUUCACUUUUUGGAGUUCACUGAUGUAAAAGCAAUUAGCUAUAGUUAUCACAUUUUUGGCCAGUGUGAGAAACAAUGGGAGCUGCUUGUUGUGUUGCCGCUAAGGAUAGAACUAUAACAAGUGGAUCACCAGGCGAAACUUUGCAGAGGCAUGCCCGCUAUUCACCAACUUGGAGCUUUCGAUGGGAUAAUCGUGUAAGAGUAGCUGGGGAAGAGACACCUGCAAAUUGGUUACAUAAUGGAGGUUGUGGAAACGAUCGAAUGGAAGUCAAAUCUGGAACCACUGUUGAAAAUGCAUUUGCUUCUGAGGAUGGUAGUCCAUUAGAUAGUUUCCGAUCACUUGCGUGGCAAAAGUCCCCUCUUUCUGAAGGAAAUGAUGGAAUUUUAAGGCUUCCAUCAUCUGAUCAAGCUAUUUCACAGAAUAUUGGAGAGGUGAAGGAGCCAUCCGACUCGCCAUCUGUUUCAUAUCCAUCCCCAAUAAAGCUCUCUCCUUACCUUCCUUCAGUUUCAUCUAUAUCAGCAUCGCCACUGUCUUCCCAAAGCCACCUGCUUCCUCCAAACUCGACUCCUUCAAGAUGGCAUCACCGUUCUCCAGGACAUCGGUUAUUACGACAAGUCUCCGAUAGCAGGAUUCCAGAGUACAAGUCACCAACAAUCUCAAUAUCUGAAGAGCCAUCUUUGUUUCUUCCCCCUGCUUGGUGCAAUGAAUCGACGAGGGGCUCCAAUGGUGGAUCUUCAGACAGUUGGUCAAUCCCUGGCUUCUCCGAGCUCAUGACUACUCGGAGAGAGAGGUGGUCUUUUGAUAGUGAAACAUCAGGAUUCAGCCGGGACAAAAUUACAAGAUCUAGUGGGCGUAAUUCAGGAUCUCCUUCUUUUGAUCUCCAAACUUGUGGUAUUUGUACGAAGGUUUUAACUGAGAGAUCUUCAUGGGGAUGGAGCAGCCAGAAAAUAAUAUCCACUAGUGAACUUGCUGUGGUUUCUGUUUUAACUUGUGGACAUGUCUACCACGCGGAAUGCUUGGAGUAUAUGACUCCUGAAAUCAACAAGUACGAUCCUGCUUGCCCAGUUUGUACUUUCGGGGAGAAACGGGCUGUGAAGAUGUCCGAAAAGGCAUUGAAAGCUGAACUGGAUUCAAAAGCCAGGAAACGAUCUAGGAAGCGUGUUGUUGACAGUGACCUCAGUAGUGAUAUUAUGUUUGAUCAUCAUAAAAGCAGUGGAGUUGAAGGAAGGAGUCCCAGGAUGAGCUCAAGUUCAAGCAUGAAGACCUCAAUAGCAAAGCCGUUUCUGAGACGACACUUCUCAUUUGGCUCAAAAACGAGUAGAUCGACAUCUGAUAAUCAACCUACUCCGAGAAGGGGCUUUUUCUGGGCAAGAUCUAGCAAGAACUGAGCUUCCUCCAUGGAUUCAGACUCAAUACUGCGAUUGGCUAUCUCGGCUUUGUCUCUGUAUUGGACAGUGUACAAUGAAGUGGGAGAGAAGUCAUCAGCAUCUUCACCAAGAAAAUGCAGCCAGAUGUAGGAUAGCUACUGCAGACAGACACUGUAAAGAGUGGGGGUAAUACUUGAUGGAGUUUCAAUUCAUUGUUAUUAUAUAGAAAAAAGGAAAGUAGUAGGAAUUGGAAUUAUGUGACUGUAUGCUUUGGCUUGUAUAAUGGUAAGUGGUGUUUUUCCUGUUUAAGCUCAUGAAAUGAAAUCACCCAGCUGGCCUGCGUGUAGGCACUGUGUGCUUGAAGUUUUUCUCGUA